GACAAGCCUAUUGCCAGUCAGCCUACUGUUGCGCCGAUGCGGAGAGUACCGCGCGGUGGAUAGUCAAUCGCAAUGCAAAAUAUGAACGCACUGUAGGCUACUACGGUUCUUCAACAACUACAAUAACAGAGUUUUCCGCACGGAUAGCACGCUUCCUUACUGCUAAAGGAGGAUUUUUUUCGGUUGGGUUUGCGCGUUUGGAGUGAAAAUGCCCUUCUGCAAGCGCACAAUAGUUCCCAAGGAUGUCUGUAAAAACGACGCGAAAAGGCAAACUGCGAUUUUCGGGGACUUGGUGGACGUUUGCGGGUUCACUCUAUGUUCGGUGCUCCGACAGCUCUCGGAUUUAUCCCGGCACUCCGUCAGCAUCUUGGAAGAGCUCGAGGGCGAGCUCGUGUCUAUCUGUCACCGCUCGGGCACGCUCGAGGGCAAAGUGAUCAGUUUACAGCGACACAUCGCUGCGCUCGCCAGUAAGCCACCGCCAAAGACCAACACCAACUUGGACGCGGAGUCGAAGCGUAGUGCGGCUUCGUCGUCGACGGCGACAUCGGCCCACUUCCGGUCUCCAUGGCAACAGAGCGUGAAUGUGUUUGGCUCGUGGAGCAGGCCGGACUGUGUUCAGGAGCUCCAUCAGGAGGCUCAGCUUAACCUGCAGAGCCUGCUGCAAGACUUUGAAGAGCAGCUGUAUGACACCAAGCUAACAGGCCAGACGUUCCGCCACCCCACAGCUUCCUCCCAGAGUUCUGACGACACGUCCACCACCCUCAGUCGCUCCCCUGUCUCCCUCAACAACAAGAGACCUGAAUUCAUCUUCCUGCCGGCGUCUAAGGGGCAGGUGUGUGAGGAGGAUGAGACCUCCUCAGUAAGUAUCAGUAGGGGUACAGACCCGUCCCCCUCUCCGUCCCCGUCCCCCUGUGGGUCAGAUCGCCCUCUAGUGGGGUGGAGCAGCACCUCCCUGGGACCCCCCGUGGCCGAGAAACCUCGUUGGCACCUGGGACGACGCACCCCCACUCACCUGCUAUCCCUCGACGUCACAGGUGAGGGUAAACUCUUGGGCGUAGACCUCCUCCAGGGAUCCUGUUACCCCUCUCCGUCCCUGGGCUGCGGUGGAGGAGGCCAGCCCCGGUCUCUGGAGCCUGUCACAGACACCCCUGUCCAGCACAUACCCCUGAGGAAGACCCAUAGUGACCUGGACCCCAGCCUCAGCCUUCCCCAGUCCCCCAGGAACCCCCCUCCUACCCUGGGCACUAUGGACCACUCUGCCGCCCUCCUCUGCUCCAACUCCCCCUCUCAGUCCUGGAACGGCCCCAAGGGCUCCACCUUCUCCCCGGGAGCCUGGAACGAACCCUAUAGUUAUAGUUUAGCUGCAAGUCCGCUGGGGAAGGGCCCGGCGACCAUGCCCAAGGGAGCAAGGAUGGUGGGGAUGGUUGGGGGGCAGGGUGGGGAGUUGAUGUGCCCCUCUCAGACCAGUUUGGGACUCUCUGUGAGCUCGGGGUCGCAGUCUCACUCUAGUUCGUUCACGUCAAUAUCAGAACCUUCCGGACACAGGCACCCAGGCACCAUAGGGAUGAUGAUGGGAAGGCGGAGCGAGACAGAGGGGGCGGCGGCUAGCCCCACUGAGGAACGGAGUGGUUCGGAGAGAGGGAUGGGAGGAGGAGAGAGAAGGGAGAGGUCGGCGCGUUCUGUCGCCGCCGCCAAUGCAUUUAAGUUCCGUGAGCGUUCUCUUUCUACGCCGACGGAUUCCGGCUCGUUCUGCUCCACGGAUAACAUCUGCGGCGGGAUGUACGGCGUUGGUGGACUAUCUGGAGCCGGUAAUGGCACAAACGGGAACGGCGGCAGCGGUUUAACAGAGAUGCAGCACCCCCACCACCAUUACCCUCGCGGCGAGGGGGGUGAGAGGGGCGAGAGCUACGCCCUCUUCUACCCCAGUGGGAGCUCCGAGGAUGGGAGCAACAGCAUUGACAACGUCUCCGUAACUGACGGCAACUUCCCCCCAGACGGUCGCCUACGGUUACGUUCUCGCUCCAUCUCGCUGAAGAAGUCCAAACGCAAACCCCCUCCGCCCGUCCGGAGCGUCUCGCUCAUGAAGAAUUUAGGGGACGCCGAGGGGCGCGUGCAUGGCCACAACGGAGGGCACUACCGGGAUGGCCGCCCAAAAUCCCUCCACAUCCCCCGGGACCACCUCCAGGACUUCCAGCCAGACUUCCUCCUACCCUCCUCCUCCUCCCUCUCCAAGCCUGAUCUGGAGGAGCCUGAGCUGGGCCACGGCGGCAUGGACGGACCCCCUAGCCUCGAGGUCCAGGGACCAGACCCAACAGAGCUGUCCUUCCCAGCCCACUGGCAGCUGGAGGAGUGGAAAGCUUCUGACCCCUACAGGUCGUUGUCUGGGUCUAGUACAGCCACAGGGACGACUGUUAUAGAGUGCAUGAAGGUUCGGGGCAGCUCCGAGUCUCUCCUGGACUCCCCCUCCACCUCCAGAGCCACCUCCCCCUCCCUGCUCUCCGUUGAGGCAGAGUCGACCAAAGCUUCCUCCCCCUUCAAGCCACCAGGACUCAUGUCCCCCUCCAGCGGCUACUCUAGCCAAUCAGAAACUCCGACGCCCAUCACCCCCUCCAACCAGGUGGCAGGAACACCAACAGGGCCCGCCUCCACAUUGGGGUGUAAGAUGCGCCCCAAAAUCCCAGAGAGGAAGUCUUCGUUGCCAGCUACAUCACCACGGGACCCUGCUGCCCGAUCGAGGCUGUCCUUCGAGAUGCCGGUUAACGCUCAUCUGGAUUUGUCCUCCAUCAAACCAAAACAGAAGGCCAGCCGGCGCCAUUCUGACACGUCCACUGCCGCUAAGCCCGGUAAACUGAGUGCCGGCAGCCAAUCAACUCUCCCAGUGGUGACCACGAACGAGCUCCGGAACAUCCGCCUGCGUUCUGUCUCCCGUACCGACCUGGAGGACUGCCUCGAUGGAGCCUCUAAUGACAUCAUUGAGGAGGAGCGGGGUCGCGACCUUUCCCCCCCGCCUGUCAUCCCCGGUUGCACCCCCGGCCCCCUCGUUGCCCCCAAACCCAAACCCCCUGUGGCCUUCAAGCCUCCAUUACCCAAACGCCCCCUCAACAUCCUCCUCAAGUCCCCCUCCUCCUCCCCCGUCGCUUCCGACUCCCCCCCUGCCUCUCCUGUUGACCCUCCCCGGCCCAUGCCUAACCCCAGCAUCUACAUGGUGGUAGGUAGGAAGCCCAAGCUGAAGAAAACCUUCCCUCACAACCCCACCAGCCCCUUUAGACCCCAGGAACAUCCCCAAACCUUCCCCCUCCACUACCCCCAGAGCCUCUACGAUGCCCCCUCCUUCCCCCACACCCAAUCCCUGUACGAUCUGCCUCCUCUCCCCCUGCCCCAGCCCCUCCUGGAGGACCCCACCAUGGAGCCGGAGUUCAACUCUGACUUGGAGCUCCGUCUUGGGCCUGAGGAUGGAGGGUCUCUCCCCUCUCCCUGCAGUAACCAGGAAGUGCUGGAGACUCAGGAUAAGAGCAAGUCUCUACCUAGCAGGAUGACCAUAUCCUGUCUGGCUGAAUUGGACAAGAAGAAACCCAAGGUUCCUCCGCCGGUUCCAAAGAAGCCCAACGUCCUGCUUCUUCCCUCCAACGGUACCACCGACAGACAGGGAAUACAGACAGACAGCCCUGCCGCUCUCCGCUCUCCCGUUGGCGCGUUCCCACCAGAAGAGAUUCCCGGGAAAGAGGAAAACCAGGAAAAUUACCUGGGAAUGGGAACGGAUGAGGAAAGCUCCAUGGAGUCUUCAUUACAGGACUCUUCUUUAACAGACGUGGAGGGGACGCUCAACAUUACAGAGACAGGCAGAGGUGAUGAUGCGGAGAGUGUUGAGGAGAGCAGUUUGGUCGUUAGUGACAAGACGGAACUCCACAUCACAGAGGAAAUGGAUGAUGAUGUCAGAGGACACACACCUACCACACACACAACAGAGGACCUGUUCACCAAAAUACACAGGUCAAAAAGGAAAGUCCUGGGCCGUAAGGAACCAGGGGACUCGUUCGGCAGUCGCCAGAGUCUGGUCUCCCCGGUGAAGCACAGCACCAGUGGUGGUGACAUCCGAACCCUGACCCUGGGCUCGACCCCGCGCUCCACCUCGCGGAAUGACAACUUCAUGGCCCUGCUCCAAAAGAAGGGCAGCAAGUCCAGCACAGGAGGGGCCAGAGUCUCUGCCAUGGAACUCCUCAAGAGCACAAACCCCCUCGCGCGACGCGUCACAGAAUUCUCGACCUCGGCGGACGGAGGAGGGGAUAUGACCACCGGGAAUAAUGGAACCAGACUGCCUCAGGACCAAUGAGAGUCUGAACCAUUGAAUGUUUUUAAACCACUUGUCCCAGGUCAUCCUCUCUCUCUCUCUCUUAUACUUACUGUAGCCUUACCAAGACCAAGAGAUCUCCUGAGAAAGUAGAGGUUGAAUCUAGUUAUAGAUGACCACUUUUUGAUGGAGAAAGGAACGUCCAACCAGACCACUCAACCACUGAUUGACCUUUCAUGAACGUUUAUUAACUUCUCAGUGGUUGGUCACAAUGGUCAUCAAAGGAGUUUUGUUUUUAACACCAUCCAUUCCAUCAUAAGGAGUAUUAUUUUUUGGAGGUCUCCUUCAAUCUAAAGGAGAAAAUUAGGACUUUUAAUGUCAUGCUUAAACACAUUCUUUCGCUCGGGUUUUUUACUUUGCUAUGUGAGUGACAGUGGAUGAGAGAGGGAGAGAGAGAAACUAUACUAGGGAAAGAUUGAUUGGAUAAUAGCCGAUCUGUGAGUCUGACUGUAUGACUCCCAAUGAUCUUUGUGGAAAUGAAUGAAUCUGAAAUAUCCAUGGAAAGACCACCAGUAUAUACCAUAUAUGGUCCAUGCAAACAAUCAUCAAUAUCUAAACAGACAGAUUACAGGCCUACUGAAAAGACUGGGUACAUCGCAGGCCUAUGCUUGAUGGUGACAGAUGCCACCCUAGUCUUUUGAAGACAUGGUGUGAGUGUGUGUCGUAUUUUCUGUCCCUCACACAAAAAAAAACUAAAACGGUUCAAAUCGAAAACAUUCCACGGGAAGAUUGACAGUUGGACAUGGUACCAAGCCCCGACCCUUUAUGUUUGAAUCAAAGCACUUUGGCGACUGCGUACAGAGGUAGUUUACAACAACGAGGAAACAACGACGCCUGUGUCAUCCCUGUUAUUCGUUUCUUUAUGUUUAUCUUUUCAUACGAGAUAGAAGGCCAUAUAAAUGUUUUCUCGGAUUGUAUUUAACCUGUACAAAGAUAUACAUACAUACAUACCGUAUAAACUGAAAUAUAUCCGCUUGAACUGUUCUAACAGACUAUGGAGAGCCACAGUGUAUAGUAGUACUACUAACAGUAGUUCUACAGUAGUACUAACAGUAGUAGUACAAUAGUACUACAGUAGUACUAACAGUAGUAGUACUAACAGUAGUAGUACAAUAGUACUAACAGUAGUAGGACAGAAGUACUACAGUAGUACUAACAGUAGUAGUACUACAGUACUAUUAACAGUAAUAGUAAUAGUACGCCUACUAACAGUAGUAGGCGACUAUGUGAUACACCUCACAGCACACAACAGGAUCAAACCAACUGAACUGAAGGAGCAACGCCAUGGAACACAAGCCCACGAACCCUUACCGACGGAUCUCCCCACACUGCCGCCAGAGUGUAUGUGUACUUGCUUGCGUGUGUGUGUAUACAGGAAAUGAUAACCAAACACAGCAAGGGAGUUGUGAAAGAUGGAGGGAACCCUGUGGAUCUUUCUUAACAGAGAGUAUGAUACAGGGUUGGGUUUAUUUAACAGGGUUUAGACUGGUUUCUGUUAGGACCUGUGUGUGUGUGUGUGUGGAGACAAGGGCUUCAUUUAUCCGCCCUAAGGAGAGGAUUAAGUGGUCUGAAUCAUGUGGCUGUAGUCUUUUGGAGUUUUCCGUGACGUUUUGGAACUGAGAGGGGAUUCUGGACCUGAGGGGAUUCCGGAACUGUGAUUAGAACCCACUUUUCUAACAACCAUCACAAAACAAACAGAGACAGUCCAGGAAUACAGCUAACCAUCCAUCGGCCAUAUUGAAAAAUGCAUCACCCUCUUCUUUUUGCCCUCUCCACAUGUUUUUUUUCUCAAACUGUCCAUUUUGUGCAGUGGUGAUGCCGCAGCCCUUUCCUCUCGUCCACUCGCCCUCUCUUUUCGUCCUCCUUCCUGGCAGGAACACAUACUCCAUCUGUCUCUCUCUGCCCAUAGAGUAGCCCCCCUCCUCUCCUCAUUUCUUCGUCCUCCCCUCAUCCCUCCCUCCGUACCCCUCCCAUUCUUUCUGUGCAUCUGAGCUUCACGUUCACGGACGACACAGCCUGAAUGUCAAUGAUUGCUAGUAAGGGAAAAAACGGAUGCCGCGUUGGUGUUGUGUUCAAGAGCGCUACGUUCAAAUUCAUCUUUCAAUCCACCCCUUCUGCUGCAUUGUGCAUCCGUCCAUAUAUCCAGACCAAACCAACCAUCCGUGUUACAAGGAAAACAAGAGGGUGGAUUGUGUGAAAGAACACACAGAGACAGAUGGAAAAGGGACAGUGUGUGUGAAUGUCUGGAUGUGUACUUAAAGGAAAGGAGAGUGGACUUCUGGACCCACUCAGACUGUGAACACUGAUCUUUAACCCAUCCUCCUUUCACCACACUUUUCCAGAACCAUUAUGUUGGGGCUGUGCAAACCCUGGUGCUAUUAAGCUACAGCGCCCCCCUAUGGAUGAAGAGAGGGAGCACACCCUGUAAGACUACUGCUCUGUCCCUCCAGCAACAACACAGAGAUUCAACAACUCCAGAUUAAUAUCUGGGUCCUCUUUUUGUUAUAUCGGUCAUUCAGGAAACCAGAACAACUACAACAACUUAUAAAGACAAUGAAAAGAAGAAAAAAAAUGUAGAUGAACACGUUAUUAAUAAAUAGUCAAGUGACGCUUGUUUUAAAUAUUUAGUGAAUGGAACUACAACAACAAAAAAAUAACUAUGACAAAACUCAGUGUUAGUUUGCCUUGUAGUCUGGCGUGAUGUUUAACCUUCUGUGUUUUCUACAUAGAAAUAGAAUUACUAGAAUGGACACCCCUAUUUAAGUCAAUGGGGCCAUAAUGUCAAAUUCCUAUGGUCAGAGGUUCUAUGCCCAUUCUACUGAUUAUAUUCUAUGGUUUUCAGCUACCUUGAUAUUACACUCCCUUAGAGGUAUGCAGAGUUGUUACUCUUUCUGUUCUGAAGUACUGUAGUUAUUAUGGUUACUAAGGUAAUGCUGUAUACUAUGGUUACUACAGUCAUAUACUGUGGCUAUUACGGUAAUACUGUAUAAUAUGGUUACUACUGUCAUAUACUAUGGCUGUUACAGUAGUGGUCGUCACUAUUACUACUCUUGGCUGUACCCUUAUAUUGUUCAUAAAACACAGGUAUAACGAUAGAGAGAAAGAAAAGAGGGAGAGAGAAAGAGUUGAGAAAAAAAAGUAAGGAAUAGAUAGAGGACUUAGCCCAAGACCGAGGACGAGGCAGAAACACAUUUUCACACACCGAGGCUAAAUACUCACUAAAUACUGUAACUCUGAAUCCAGUUGCAGAUUCCAGCUCGAGCCACAGAAAUGGUUGCACAGCACCACACACCCACACACACACACACACACACACACACACACACACGAGGAAGAAAUACAGAUUUGUUCAGUAGCCUACAGUUGGCACAUACAGUGAUUUAUUAUAGUGGGUUCCACUCUCCAAACUCCAAUCAACCAUGUCUAGGAAUGUGGUCGAGUAUUACAGAGUAUGGGAGCAGGAGGGAAAGGGGUAUGAGGAUAGGGGGAGGGGGAGGGGGGCGAGGGAGAGAAGGUGGGUAACAUUUCACGAGUGGAUAUUUCACUCCUUUAAAAGAGGGGAUCACAGUUGGGUUAAUACAACUUCUGUCCAUCUUUCUUCUCUCCUUUCUUUCUUCCUUUCUUUCUUUCCUUCCCUUCUUUAUUCCGUGACUCAGAAGGACAACUCUUAAAGCUUUCCCCAAACUCCCCACGGAACAAUACAAGUCUAGAGAGAGAGGGAGAGAAGAAGAGAGAGGGAGAGGAGGGAUGACAGAAAAAUAAAAUCACAUCAUACUCCCUAUCUAGUGUACUACUCUGGUCUAACGCUUGAAAGGGUAUCAUACGAGAUUUGAUCGCACCCUUUCAAACUAUGUUGAAGUGUUAAUCUGUAUAUACAGUGUAAGUACCAUUAGACUACCUUAUUCAGAUUAAAUAUAGAGAUGAUAGGAUGAUUAGGGACAGGAGUUAUUUUUCUGUCAAAAUAUGUAUUUUCUUUCCAACAACGUUCUUACAGAAACCUAGCCCCAUAAUUUCCCCUCACCACAUUACCUAACCAUGCAGGAAAAACUCAGGGUCCUAGUUAUAGGCUAUAAGAAACAAAUAGCAUAUAACUCUGGCCCAGAGUGUUUCCCGGUCAGGUCAUGUGGUCAGGAAAAACUCCUGUCCCAAAGUAUAAUGAGUAUAACCGAUAAUUAGUUGUACAGCAGUUAAACUGCUCACAGUACUCUCUGUAUGUAUAGGACCAGGACAAUAAUAAAGCUUUAAGUUAAAAGACACACACAAAAACACCCACGAAACAAGAUGAUGUUUGUUGGGUUAGGUUACUCAAAGAGAGAGAGAGAGUUCUUGGAAUUAUUCUAUUUUUGUUAUUUCUCAUUGGAAGGACAUAUUUAAAACUCUACUGCAUAUCUGAUUUAUUAUUCUGAUAAUCAUCAAGAACCUCCGUUUUCAGAUCCAGCAGUGUGGUUUAUGUAGCUGUUGGUUUGAACACAUGCAGCUAUGUAUGUCUUGCCAAUGUGAUUCAAAUUAUUAUAUCAUUCAAAUAAAUUAUUUUUCUUGCUUAACACUGA